GCGAACAAGUUGACUUGGCCAGAGUUGACUAGAAGGUAUAUGUUAGCUAUUUCAUCCAUAAAUGGAUGCAUGGAUGUGUCUGAUAUUUCCAGUCGAGAAGGGGUGAAGUUAUUCCGCUGCCUACACGGUGAUGGUGGCAUACUGUGCGGAGCAGUACCUGGGGUUGCCGGCAUGGAGAAGGAUGCCCUGCUGCUUCUGGAGGCGGAGAAUUUGAUAUGCAGUUCUCUAUCAAGUGAAGGAAACAAGGUUUUUAUGAUGGAUUACAAGUAUUCUGCUGAGGUGCCUAUUGCUGAUAAUAGAACAUUGCCAGAUUGGGCAAAAGUACUAGAGCCUGUGAGAAAAUUACCAACAAAUGUGGGAACGAGAAUUAGAAAUUGUGUUUAUGAAGCUUUGGACCGAAAACCACCAGAAUGGGCAAGGAAAGUUUUGGAACAUUCGAUAAGUAAAGAGGUCUACAAGGCUAAUGCAUCUGGACGAACCAAGAAAGCUGUUUUAUCUGUGUUGUCAGAGGCAUGCCGUGUAACAGUGCCACAAAAACCUGAAAAACCAAGAAAUGAAAGGGAAACUAUUUCCAUCUCAGAGGUUAUCUUGAAGAAGUGUCGUAUUGCUCUGCGCCAUGCCAUUUCCUCAGAUGAAUAUAAGAUUUUGGGGAAUCUGCUUGGAACUAUUCUAGUGAACUCUAAUGAGUAUGAGGAUGAGGGCAUCCUUGGAUUUUCUGGUAUGGUGCCACGCCCUUUGGACUUCCGCACAAUUGAUAUAAGGUUGGCUAUGGGAGCUUACUGUGGAUCUUGGGAGACAUUUUUUGAGGAUGUGCAAGAGGUAAUAUGCAAUCUGCACACUGCAUGUGCUGAUCGAACGGAUAUAAGGGAAAUGGUACUAGAAUUCUCUAAGAGUUUUGAAUUGCAUAAGACAAAGGUGCUUGACCUUGUUCGGAAAUUUGAUUGUUACCUGUCUAGUGAGAAUACUGGUUCAGAAAUACAUAAGGAGCUACAUGAUUUUGUGACUGCAGAAACAAAAUUACCUAAAGCUCCAUGGGAGGAGGGUAUCUGCAAAGUGUGUGGCAUUGAUCGAGACGACCACGUUGUUCUCUUGUGUGAUGGUUGCGACUCGGAAUACCAUACAUACUGCUUGAAUCCACCACUAGCUCUUAUACCAGAAGGAGACUGGUUCUGCCCAUCCUGCAUAUCAGAUCCAGAGAAAUCACGUCUUGACCAGGGUGCUCGGGAUUUGAAACGACAGCGAAAAGGAGCAUUUCGCAGCAAACCAUCGUGCAUGUCAAGUCAAAGGAAAUCACAUCUUGACCAGGGUGUUCAGCGUUUGAAACCACAACGGAAAGGACCCUAUCAUGACAUGCUUAUUAAGUUAGCUCCAGCAGUGGCACAAAAGGAGUACUGGGAGCUUAGCACACAAGAGAGAAUAGAUAUGCUGAAAUUUCUUUGUGAUGAAAUGCUCAACACAGUCCUGAUAAGACAACAUAUAGAAAAAUGUCCAGAUAAGUUCAAUGAUCUCCAGAAGAAGUUUUAUGCUUUGAAUUAUGAAUUGAAGGAUUUGAAAGAUAAGGAGGAAAUGAGGACUUCAUAUGGUGAAAUGGAUACUUUAUCGGACCAGAUUUCAAAAGUGCAGGAGUCAAUCGGCACAGUAGAGUCAGAGCUUAAUAUGGCAUCCCUGAGAAGAGAUUUUCUGGGAAAGGAUUCCUUGGGUCGACUGUACUGGGUGUUAGGACGAUCUGGUAAACGUCCUUUACUGGUCGCUGAUGGAAGCAUGCUGAUAAGCAAGGAGAGGGACCCAGCAUCUACUUCUGAUUGUAAAGGGUGGAAUUCUGCGUCUGUCGUUGUUUAUGAAUCGGAUGAAGAAAUCCGUGGCCUUGUUGACUGGCUAAGGGAAUACGAUCCAAGGGAGAAGGAGCUGAAACGUGCUAUCCAGCAGUGGCAGUGGCAGCGGCAGAGGCAUCUUCAUCACCAGCUGGGUAAUUUCGUUCUCAGUGAUCCUCCAGUAUCAUCCAAGGGGUCGUCGAACGGCAGCGAGCAGCAGCUUAUGGAACUUCCCGGUACCAAGGCUGCAGCAAUUUUGGAGAAAACAUGUCGCUGUGACUGCUUGGAGCCUAUACGGCCUGCUCGGCGCCACUGCAUAGCAUGUCACGAAACUUACUUUACGUCAACUGAGUAUGAAGAGCAUGCUGGAAGGUGCAAUGGACAUGUCAACAAGGAGAAGGAUUCUGUUCAUCGUAGCUCCACCUCUGAGUCCACAAAACCGAUGAAGUCAUGCCCAUAUGACUUUGAAGUGAUUUGCAGAAAAUUUGUCACCAAUGAUUCAAACAAGGAGAUAGUGAAGGAUAUUGGACUUAUUGGAUCAAACGGAGUUCCGUCUUUUGUCCCUUCACGUGCAGCUUUUAUUGAUCCUCCAGUCAUUCUGAAUAAAAACAAAAAGCAAGAUGACAUCCCAAAUGAUGAUUGUGUUUCCAGCUCCCUAGAGGAAUGCCAGGCAAUGUCUGCACAAAAGUUAGGACAGGAGGGGUCCAAUUCUGCUCAAGAUUGUCCUGCAGCUAGUUCUUCCUGUGAUGAAAAUGUGUCAAAAACUAAGGAGCCAGCCCCUGCUACUGAUACUACUUCCUGUGAGGAAGCAGCAUCUUCUGCAACAGACAAGCCAACAAGAUUGCUGGCUGUUAACGGUGGCUUGGUUCCGGAGUCAUCACUGAGGCCGGUUACAGGAAGAAACUCUCAUAUCCUCAAGCAACAAAAGAUAAAUUUGCUUGACAUAGAAGCAGCGUUGCCUGAGGAAGCUUUCAGAGCCUCAAAGUCUCAACAAAUGAGAAGGCAUUCAUGGCGUUCUUUCGUGAAGCGUGCAGAAUCAAUCUCCGAGAUGGUAGUGGCGACCAGCAUGUUGGAGAGAGUGAUAAAAUCCGAGUUCUUGAAGAAUGAUUGGUGGUACUGGUCCUCCUUCACAGUAGCUAUCAAGACCUCAACUGUAUCCUCGCUCGCUCUCAGGAUAUACACUCUCGACGACUGUAUCAUCUACACCAAGGAGCCUAACACCGUGCCACCGGCUGACAGUACAAAGGUUGUGAACAAGGGGGGAAAGGGGAAAGAGCCAGAACCAUCAGCGUCAUAAUUUGCGCCGCUCGAUCCAUUGUAUACCCCAAACUUAGAUGCUCCGCUUUGUUAUGUGCAACAAUGUGAUGCUUUGGUGAUAGACAGUGUCUUUGGUUAUUAUGUGGUCCCUUGAGGCUUUAGAGCUAGCUUUAAUUCUGGUGUUCCUGCAAAGCUGCAAACUUGACCGUUCAUUCUAAUAAGACAUACUAUUUACCAGACUCUAGUUUUGCGCCUUAGAUAUGUUAGUGCCGGCAAAUUAGGAGGAAAAUGCAUUGUUUCGAGGAUGGUAUCAG